CGAACGGAGGGUUUGCACAGACUGGAGAGAGCUGGAGAGAUCUACUGGAUGAAGGACACGUACACUGCUGGUGCCAUGGACGAGCCUCUCUGGACCUCAGUGUCAGGUGGAGCCCUGCAGUAAGAUGCUCGAGUCUAUGUUUGUCUGCAGUUCCCCUCCUGUGACCUCUCACCUUUGGCUGCUCAUUCUCUCCUGCUCUCUUCAUGGUCAACCAGCCCUGUCUGACCUGGUGUUCUCCACCCAUCCAGAGGACGGUGUUGGUGUACUGGGUGCUCCCCUCACACUGUACUGUGCAGUGUAUGACUCCAGCAGCCAGGGGGAACUGUCUGUUAGAUGGGAGAGGGCCAGUGGAGAGCCAGCACCAUUGACUCCUGGUCCUGGCAGAGGGAUCCACCAAUUGGCCAACGGAUCUCUGUUCUUCCCCCAGCUGAGAGAGGGGGACCUGGGGAGAUAUGUCUGUAGUGCAGGCAUUGGAGCCAAACACAUCAUGACUGUUGUCCAAGUGAUGGAAGCUGACCUGGAGGUGGUGUUCUUCAGUCCUCAGUCUCAGACAGUCAGUGAGGGUCGGCCAGUGUUCCUCCAGUGUGUCUCAGGGGACAGCUCCCCCCCAGCACACAUCACCUGGCUCAAAGACAACACACUCUUCACCAAAGGCGCUCAGAUUCAGGGUCAAUAUGGAGGGGGUAACCAGAGGAAGACCUCAGGCACUCUUCACCUCUCUAAUGUCUCAAUAGAGGACGACGGGGAAUACGUCUGUGUCACACACAACACCUUACUGAACACCAGCCGGGAAAGCAAGGCAGCUACACUCACAGUACAAGGAGUCCCUACAAGGCUGCAGAUCACUCAGGGCCCUGACAACAUCACAGUUGCCAUAGAGACGGAGGCCUCCAUGCGCUGUGUUGUCCGAGGCUUACCACCUCCCACAGUGCAAUGGUUCAAAGACAGCCAUCUCCUUGUGAACAACUCUGGCUUCAGUCUGCAGAACAAGGGACAGCUGCUUGUUUUCAAGAAUGUGUCUGAGGAUGAUGAGGGUUCCUACCACUGUGAGGCCAGGAACAAGAGGGAGACAGUCAGGUCUAAGACUGCCUUUCUCCUUCCAGCAGUGAUGGGGUGGACCUUUGUCCAGCAGCCUACCAACAAGUCUGUGAGGAUGGGGGAGUCUGUUACUCUGGUUUGUAGACCCCCUUACAGCAGGCCUCCAACAACAGUGUCCUGGUUCAAAAACAACCGCCUCCUCGCUCCCAAGACACACUUCACUGUCAGGCCUAGUGGAGACCUCAUCUUCCACAGUGUCUAUGACACAGACAGUGGAGUCUACUUCUGCAGAGCAUCCAAUGUCUACCUGUACAGAUCUGUGACCUCCAGAGCAGCCAGACUGACCGUUCUGGCAUCUCCCUCGGUGAGGCUGUGGCCACAAGUGGUGACAGUCCCUGUAGGGGCCCAGGUGGUGUUCCAGUGCCAGGUCUGGGGACAGCCCCUCCCCUCCAUUGUCUGGUCCAAACAGGGACGCUCCAUUCAGACUGGUGGCAAGAUCGCUGUGGGCGUGAGAAACACUACCCUCUACAUCCUGUCUGUCAGGAGCUAUGAUGAGGGCACGUACACUUGUGAAGCCUCCAACACUGUGGGGCAUGACCGGAGAACAGCUACUUUACGUGUCGCUGUAAGCCCCAUCAUAGUGUCCUUCCUGGGGGCAGUGAGCAGCUCAGAGGGGUCCUAUGUGGUCCUGCCAUGCAGGGCAGUGGGGGACCUCCCCAUCAGGUACACCUGGACCAGGGGACACUCCAUCACCCCAACCCUGGAGAGGCAUGUAGAUGAUGAGGGGGCUCUGCAUAUCUCCAGUGUUCAGGUGUCUGAUGCAGGGGACUAUCACUGUACCGCUGAGAACAUAGUGGGACGACAGCAGAGAAGAGCCACCCUCACCAUCUCUGCUGAAGAUGACCCAGCUGAUAGAGAAAGGCAGCAUAGACAGAUUGUAUCUGCAGUGAGUAAUAAUGAGGUUCCAAAGACUGAAGCAGAGCAGAGAACUCCCCUGUCCAGUAAUGACCUGAGUCUAGUUCAGCAUUCUGAGAUGACCCACUCACAUGUCUCCCUACAGGGAGGAAGCACAGUCCGAGCAACUCAAAGAGACUCAAGCAAUGACAUCCCCCAAGUGUCUACUCCUGACACUCUACGACUGUUCUCGUCUCUCAGGCAGACAGCUUUAGGACUAGCAGGUCUCUACAGAGGACAAACAGGACUGCUGGUUCCACCUGACCUUCACUCUCUGCUCCCAUUGGACCUGGCCUCGGCCAAUCCAACCCAGUCCCCAGUCACACAGAUCCAGCAUCCGGUGCUACAACCCCUACCUCCACCUCUAUUUGAACCCUUAGACUUACUCACACAACCUUCAGUAACUCAUAGAGUCAUCUCACUCACUCAGAUUCAAAUAAUACCUAACCAGCCAACAUUAACACACAACCCACCCCCAGUGACACAACGGCAGGUUUUAGUCCCAGAUAGCCAAUCUCCAUUAACACAGUCCAUAUCCCAAAGCCUCCACAACCAGCCAUCAGUCAUGCAUAUCCAGCGUCAAGUCACUGAGCAACCAAUUAAACCUCUAAACCACAUUGGAAGAUUUACCCAGUCUCUGGUCUCACUCCCGCAGCUUCCAGACUCUUCCAGCCACCCGUCUGAUCCCUUUACCCAGCGUCCUGAUUCUCUUACCCAGCCCAAAGAACCUUUGACUCAGUCUCUACUCAUUCACGGCCUGCAUGCUCCCGACUCAAUCGCUCAAACCCACCAUCCUGUACCUCAAAGUAAUCCUUCAGACCCACAUAUCCAGAAUCCUAGCACCAUCACCCUGUUUUCACGCUCACAAACCCAGACUCAACCAUCCAAAACUCAGCCUCAACCAUCACCAACCCAGCAUGAACCUACACAAACCCAGCGUACAGAUCUACUCAUCCAGCCUUCAGGAUCAAACACCCAUCUUCCUGACCUGAUCACCACACCCCCCACCCCUGACCCCCAGGGCCCUAGUGCCCCCUAUGCCUCCACCCCAGACCCCCUGCAGCAGAACACGAGCCAGCCUGCUAACCCAGCCAAACCAACCAGGCCCAAUGACACAGAGCCCACAGAGUGGCUGAAGAGUAACACCUCUCAGUCCCCCAUGAGGACCAAUGAGGACCCCAGAGUAAAGCCUCCUCCUCCGUGGCUUCCAGUGCUGGAGAAACAUGACAUCCCCAUCGUGGUGGGAGUGGGUGUGUCUAUGGCCUUCAUCUUCAUCACCAUGGCCUUCUACUCCCUGGUCCAGAAGAACGAGCCUGUCCCCACUAUUAGAACCUUGUCUUCCACAGUUCCCAGGAACCUGGGCGUCCCAUGCAGACAUGCUGAAGGUCUGGACACUGGGAGGACCUAUGAGAACAGGGCAUUUGAGGAUGAUGAUUUGGUGGCUGUGAUUGAACAAAGCCCCAACACAUCAGAUACACGCGCAAGGCCUCCUGCCCCCAGCCCAGUCACUGUGAUGAUAGACCCUGCCUCUGAUGACACACAGCCCCCGCACACUCCAGAACACUCGUUCAUAGCAGAGACCUAUCUUGAGCCCAGCGAAGACACACAGGUUGACCACUUCCUGGAUGAAGAGAAGGAAUGCAGCCUGUCUCACCCCAGUAUCCAGCUGCAGUGUGUGGAGGACUGGGGGGGCGGAGGAGUAGAAUACGGACAAUGCCAGGGCCAAGAAAUCCUACCCCAUCCCCCCCCUCUCUCUCCUUUCCCACCUCCUGUGCGUGAGGAAAGCCUGCGCUCCUCCCUGACCCUCCAGACAGCUGAGCCCUAUGCCACACCGGUCCGCCACAGUGUCAGCAUCUGCCACAGUAAUGCCCCCCUCCUCCUCUCCCACUGCAUCUCCCUGGGCCUUACCACCGUCGCCGUUGAUGUCCACUUCUACCCAGCAGCCCCUGCUUCCACCACCACGACUGUGGCAGCCGUCACCCAGAUCAAUGCUACCACCGCUACUGCACCAGGGCCCCAGCUCAGCUCCCGAUUGGCCCACAGUCAGGAGCAUGACCAAUCGGCUCCUACCGUGCGCCAGAGUAAGUAACUAGAUAGAGGGAAAGGCAGAUGGAGAGAUUAUUCCAACACAGAUGUUGCCAUUAGUCUCCACUGGAGAGUUUGGCUGGAUUGUUGGUCGUCUUCACAUCUCAACUGUCUUGUUCUGACAGUGGUGAGGAGAAUGUGUGUGUAUCAAAAAGAGCGAUCCAUCUGGAUUCUGGAACCAUCCACUGAAGACUAUAGGACAACUGCCUUUACUCUGAUGCCUUUAAUCAACCUAAAAUGCUCUACACAUACUGUACCAGUCAGCUACAAAUGUGUCAAUAACAAAGUAAUGUCAAUGUAUUCUGUUUCUGUCCUUCGCAAAGAAAAAUCACGAGAAUAAUUUAUUCAUAUAAAUUAUUUCUGCUGUUUUUUAUUUUCUUACUACUGAAAGCCUUUGAAUAGGGAAACAAUGUAUUAUGUCUUCAAUGUGUAUUACAAAUGUCAGUUACAUAAUGGUUCUUUAGGCCUAAAAUAAUGUAUUCAUAGGAAGCAAAAACAAUGUAAUAUAGGCAAAAAACAUAUUAACUGCAUCCAUAACCCUCUACAUGCCAUGGUUUCUGACUUUACUGAGUAUAUAGUGUUGUGUACAUGUCCAUUAUAUUUAUAUACUUCAUAAACUAGUUUGAAUGUGCAAAUACAUUUUUAUCAGUUGUAUAUUCUACAAUGAAAAAAGCCAAGGAGAAAACAGAGGUGUACAAAAUAUUGCAAUCUUUGUUGCUGUACACUUCCUAUUCAGGUAACCCCCCCCCUCUCUCUCUCUGUUGGGCCAUAAACAGACUGUUACUUCUGUGCUGAAACCAAAGGAAGAUGUUAUGACGACAGGGCUUAAGUCCCAACUGAGACCCAGUGGACCCACAAUUGAGAUGAUCAGUGAUUUUAUGUGUUCAUUAUCUGGAUCAGUUAACUUUAUGUUCAGUGAAAUGUCUCAAUUUCAUUAAUUUCCUUUUCUACCACCAUGAAUUCACCCCUCAGACAUUACUGUGUAACAAUUUAGAAUUCUGUUUUUUUAUCAUUGUAUUUGUUUCAACAACAUGUACCGUAUCAAUUGUUCCUAACAAUGACAAUGUCAACAGAAGUGAUCGUAAACAAAGGUUUUUAUUUUGUAAUAUUACAUAUUUAUUUUGGUGUAUAAAAAUAUCUUUAGUGAUCUUGUUACCUUUGU